GCCGGGGCGGGCGCGGCCGGGCGUGUGCGCCCGAGGCCAAGGGCGCCGGUGGUCGGCGGCUCGGCGGGAAGCCCGGGCCGAGCUGCGGAGCGGUGUGGACGGCAGUGCGAUCCAGGAAGUUGUGUCCGCGACAUCAGGGGCAGGACGGGCGGCCGUGGAACCUCGAGUAUGCGCGGCGUCGGCCGGCGGCGGGGCAGGGCGCACCCAGGGCGCUUCUCCCCGCGGAGCGGCAGGUAGGCGCCCGCGGGCCCCGCCGCGCCGCCCCGAGCGCUGUGCAGCGCGGGCCCGCCGUCCGGGUGGCUGUCACUCAGGGACGCGGCAGGUCCCGGGCCGCGCCCGCAGGAAGCCUCCUGGGCCCGCCCGAAAGGUGCUACUGAUGGCAUGCCCAAGCCCAGAGCUGAAAGAGGAAUAAAUUCCAAGUGGCCACGGCUGUGUCCUCUUGAGCCCAGGACUUGCUAGUGAAUGACUUGCUUGUCACUUGCUGGUCACUUGCUAGUGAGCCCCCUACAGCCCGGCACCAUGGAGAAAAUCAUCUCCUUCUUCAACUCCAUCUGGGACAUCAUCCUGACCAAGCACCAAGAGGGCAUCUUCAACACCAUCUGCCUGGCCGUCCUGCUGGGGCUGCCACUCUUGGUGGUUCUCACACUCCUUGUCAUCUGUUGCCAUUGCUGCUGGAGCCGGUCAGGCAAGAGCGGACCACAGCCAGAGCAAAACAAGAGGAAGAAGAAGAAGAAGAAGGAUGAAGAAGACCUCUGGAUCUCUGCCCAGCCCAAGCUUCUCCAGAUGGAGAAGAGGCCAUCGCUACCUGUCUAGCUAGGUAGGAAGCUGGCGUCCUCCCUCUGGGGCCAAGACUCCUCCCAGCUGCACAGAGACUAGGGAGAAGGAAUCCCUGAAGAGACGCACUCAUGUCCACAGACUAACUACUCGGCCAAGGAACCAAUCUCAGACUGAGUGUCCCCAAGGAGGGCACUUCCAGGGGAGCACAUGGACAAGUCUUGCACGGUCUUGGCAGCUCUGUGUCCAGUAGCCAUGCUCUUUACCACAGUCCCAAGCAAGCCCUUCCGUCUGCCUCUGCCACACCCCGUACCCAAAAGCACUGAGAACCUUAGUCCAUCCAUCUCGACACAGCUUCCAAGUGCGCCCACACACCCAUCACACAUGAAAAUUCAGGCAACAGGCACAAUGGCAGGUAUAUUCUGUCCAUCAGGUGGCUGUUGAAUAUGUGCUUUGUGCAGGACAGUGCCUUAUAUACACUGGCCAAAAUGUCUUGUGGGAAGGCGGCUAGACUUAGGCACAUAUACACAAUUACACAGCCAGGCAAGGCCCUUCACACUGUCUGUUCCAUAUUUCAGCCAGGUUGGAAAUGUGUGCUUUCCUGUUCCUGUACCUACACUCUUACUGGAAAUUCUGGCAACCUGGUACUGUCCCCAUUCCAGUGCAGAGCAGAUAGAUGCAGACCUGUGCUUCUGACUCCUCCCCUCUGCCCACAUAAAGUCUGAUGGAUCAAAAUUCACUGAAAACUCUUUUCUUGCAAUGUCGUUCUCAUUACCACUGAUGGGUGCUUAAUGUGGUCCAAGACCUCUUUGGGACACUACCCCAUCAUCACUCAGCAAAAUGCCCUUUUCCAAGCAAAAACAAACAGCUCUUGGCAGUGGUGCUAAAAGCUGUGGAAACCCCUCACCCACUUCAGUGGGCUAGAGUUGUGUACCUGUGCAAUGACUGUUUUCCAGAUGGAAAGGUCAGAUGCUACACCUGAGCUAGAUGUCCUCUUCCUACCAAAGAUUUUCAUCAGGGAAGGAAUUAAGACAAUCACCAGCACAGUCUCUAAGAAAGCACACUGGGAAUGAUUUCAUGUGGUUGUAAUGGGUGCUUGGUAUGUUGCAGGAGGUACCCAGAAGUAGUAGUUGAAAUGAAAGUUGGAAGUAGCUAUAAAGAAGUUUAUUAAUAUUUAUCUUGAAGCUCAGGCAAGUAUCUUGCACACAGUAGAUACUCAUAACUGUGGUUGCUGUUGGAUGCAUGGUGAUGUUAAGGGUAAACUUAUGAUACCUCGCCAAUUCCCCCCAGGUGACCUUCUAAGAGAGUCCACUGAUGGCUGCAAUGGCUGGAACUAUGUGUUGGGUUCUGUGUGAGAGUACAUGCAGAACCAAGGGGCGAGAGGACACGUAAGCUCGGUCCGCAGAGAGUGGAGCAGGGCUCCUCCCCACCGGGUUGAGGUGGGAGGCACAGUUAAUCGCUAUAUGAUGAACCAGUUGGCAUUUUGAUUGUAUUAUGACCACAUUACAAAGACGGAUCAUUCCCAAUUGAGAGUAGGAUGUACUCUCACAAUUCAUUUUCAUAUCUAGGGAGCUCUCUUGGAGUAUUUUCCCAUGGAAGUUUUUCUAGUCAGUGGCAAAAAUCACUGUCUAAUAGCACAGCUAAACUAUGACAUUUAUAAUAGCAAAAACCUAAAUUCAUUAGGAUUGUGUGAAUGGAGAGAUGUACUCAGUUUGCUCUCUUGGGUUACCUUGUACUCACCUGCCUCCAGGUACACUCCAGGUCUAAGGAGGGUGGGAUCUGGUGGUGACCAGGGUCUAAGAGAGAACUCUGUGCACCUGACUUAGGCCUGCACAUAUCCUUAGCCAGUCAUGUUGGCCCUCUGACUCUAGGGUGAAAUUCCCUAGGCACUCAGGCCUCCACUCUUAGACCCCUUUGACCCAAAGAAGGGGCACUGUCUGAUUCUGUGUCCCCUUGUCACAUGAAGAACUUGUGGAGCAUCUGGCUGUCUCCCGUGUGUCACAGGAUGGCCAGUCAUCUCCCCACACCACGUGCCUCCCGUGUCCUCUGCUGCCCACCAGGAUCAGUUGACCUUCCCAUCUCUAGCUCUUAGUCCCUCUAAUGUGGAAGACCCAGAGGUGGAAGCUGGCAGCAAGAUGGGGUGUCAGGUAUGAUCUGGGGUGUGGAUCACCAGGAUCAGGGAUCCUAGGAGUAACGUGGUUUCCAUGGCAACUGGCUGCUGCACUGAAUUAAGACAGCAGCCAGUUGCCUGCCAUGACAAGGCCCUUCUCCAGGCACAGGGCCCCUGCCAUCUCUUAGAAGCAUGGACUUUCUCCCACUCUGGGCAUGAAACACCCAGAAAGUCACAUCUCAGUUACCUCCGAAGCCCAGGAUGCAGAAGACCUCACCCGGGGGGGCCUGUCUUUUCUGCACCCCGCCUCCCGACACCUUAUGGCGUGCCUAGGAUAGGCUGGGACCAUGAGGGCCCUCAGAUUGCUGGACACACGGCAGCGUGGGGGGCCAGGGGUCACGCCUUCCACCCUGCCUUCCCACUCUGUCUUGCCUCUCCAUGCCCCUCUUCUCCCUGUGCCCGGCCAGCGCAGCCAUCAGUCCCCGCCCCGUCCACUCUGUAUCCCAGCCUCUGUCCCAGAACUGCCUCUGGCAACCAGUGGGACCUUGGGACCUGUGCCCACAUGGCUCAUCUGGGGGUGGGGUGAAGUUAAUGGGGGGCCAAAUUAGGAUCUGUAAAGAAGAGGCCUCAACCAGCGCAGCCUCGGGGAACCGUCCCCAGUCCCGGAUUCUAAGCCUCAGCCGGACCCAGAGGGCAGUCAGAGGAGAUCUUCCCUCCUUUGCUCAGUGGAGUCGCUGUUUGCAUUUCUGGGGGGAAGGGAAAGGAAGAGGAAAAGGUAGAGAAAGAAAACUCCCCUUCUCAAGAAGAAUAUAAAUGAUCAAAGUUGUAUAUUUUUCAGUAUCUUUUCUGUAAAAUUCAAAUAUGCAUAAAAGAAAAAUUUAUUUAAAUAAAUAUUUUGAA